AUCGAUAUCAACACACGGAAUGCAAUGUGAAUUUUUAAUUUUAGCUCUAUCGAGUUAUUUUUAACUACACUAAAUUGCAGUUAUAUCUUUAAAAUAUUCAACAGAAUGUACAGAAUCAUGGAGUCAUCAAACGUGUUUACAGCUUGUUAUGUUUUGGCUCUUUUCGUUCAAGUAAUAUACGCUUGUGAACCAGCAAAAGAGGGCCAGCCAUACCAACUAAAGUAUAUCAUGGAUACAGUUCCAAUUGACUCGCCACUGGUGAUGUGGACAAAAGACGACAUUUUAGUAGCAGAAUGUCCUCUAGCUGCUGCGGAUUGUAUAAUUAACAACCUCAACUGGGUGACGGCAAAAGUCGAAAAAUUUGACGAAACAUUUAUAUUUAUAUUAGACAUUAGUAGAGUCUCAAGAGAAUUAAUGAGCAACGCCAAAGGACUUUGGAAGUUAAAAACACACACUUCCAGUCCCAGGGUAGAGGUGUUUUAUCACUGUAGUCUUCAGGUUUUUUCAAAGCCAGCAGAGACAAAUUGUAGAAAGACUUUGUCCAAAGAAGGUCUAACCGUGUCUUGCUACGGAAGACAAAUAUACCCAGAGGCUUUGAUUACUGUAUUCAGAACGUCAGUAGACUCAAACUCAGAUACAUGCAAGAACACACCUAUGACAUACGACCCAGUUUACUACGAAACAAUCUGUGAGAGAAGAUUUAAUACAAGUGAAUUACAUUUGGAAAUGGAAGAUUUUACUUUUUGCGUUUACCCCAGUGUGAUAGGAACUAAAGAUUAUAACCUGAUCGGCACAAAUGUUUCUAUGUCUUUACUCAUAGAACCGUCUUCAAUAUCUGUUCGAGACUGCAACAGAACAACUAGUUCUAUAAGCUGUAGUUGUGAAAGGCUAGACACAGACGACAGUAAGUCUGGUUUUAAUUGGUACGCUAACGACGUUGAGGUGAAACAGAAAUCACAAUACUAUACAGCGGCAACAUCUCCUGGUGCAGUUGAUGACAUAAUUUGUAAACCUAUUACGACUGAAACGACGCGUCAGUAUCAUGAUGUAGACAACAGCGCUGUGAUUGUACUCGUUAUACUACUUGUAGCAGCCAUUUUGGGGAUUUUAGUUUUGGUCUUCAUAUACACACCAUUGUGUAAACUAUUUAAAGACAAAAUGAAUUUUCCAAUGAAAAGAACAGAUGGUAAAAAAGAAGAGCCUGCAGAAUCUGGUGAAUCAAAAUCACUAUUGACUACUGAUAAAGAAGGAACUUCAAGUAACACUGAAAAAAAUGAAGCUACGCUUUCUUCAACUUCUGAAAUAAAAGUGGAUGAAGUUAGCAACGAACAAGGUUCCUCCGAUAUUACAAAACAUGACGUUAAAUCGGACAAACCAAGGUUUGACUUCAGCGUCUACAAUGUUAAAACAUCAAUACUACUUCUAGGAACAAAAGACUGUAAUAAAGAAUUGUUUAAGAGAUCACUGCUUCAAGAACCCUACUGUAUUACAAGUGAGAAAGUAAAAGCAUUUGUAAAGGACUCGACAAAAUGGAAAAUCAUGGAUUGCAAAACAAAACAAAUAAUAUUCGACACGAGCGGGGAGAAAGUUAAACUACCGGACAACGUAAAAUUACAAGUUCAUUACUCUAAACGUGAGGAUGCAGUGUUUAAACUAGUAGACGGCCCCGUGUAUGAUCAGAAAGAGGUCAAGAAAUUUAUAGAAGAAAUGAAAUCCUGUCUUGUUCUCUGUCGUGAGGGCUACAAUGCUGUUGUUGUGGUAUAUACGACUGAUAAAGAAAAAGAAAUCAGUCCUUUAACAAAGAUAUUGCAUGAGACGUUUGCUUUCAAUAUGAAUAACAUAAUUCUAAUUAAAUCAAAUAAUGUCAACUACAAAGAAUAUGAAUACAUGAAUAAUGAUCCCAGAGAAAAUACGAUGAAAGAUAAAAGUAUUGAAAUUAAACAAACGAAAAUGGAUAAUGAAUUUAAAACGUCAUUUGGAGAAAGAUUUAUUCAGUUUUACCCCUUAGUCACUUACAAUGACAAUAAUGAUUUUUUUUCUCUGGUGUGUCAGAUGGGUAAAGUAAACGCAGAGCCAGUGUUUGCAGAAAAUGCUGAAACACUAGCACGUGACAAUAAUUUAGAAACAGUUUCAAAAGAAUUAUCGCUCUUAAUGGAAAUAAUUUCUAACAAGCCAGGCGACAUCGAAAGUAAAAUUGGAAAAGGAGAUAUCAAAUACAUGUUAAAUACUGAAAGGGAAUGUAAUAAAACACAAACAGAAGACACUGAAAAAAGAGACAAUGAUGACAGAGAAACUAAACUAAGAGAAAUACAAGAAAGAUUACAGAUUCUUGCAAAAACAUGGGAUGAUUAUCUACAUUACAAUGUUGAUAGUUCAGCUGAUUCUGGCGUACAAAAUGAGACGUUUUAUGAGGGAGCAAUUGAACAAACAACGUUACAAUCAGAGGACCAAUCUAAAAACCCCACUCUUAAGGUAUUUGAAGACGUGAAGUAUCUGAUCCAGUGUUUUCAAAAAGUUUAUUUUGUUGCUUAGCCAAUAAAGAGAAUUCAUGAUAAACUAUUGCCCGAUAUGAGAGAAUGUUAUCAGAAUUUUCUAGAAUGGUAUGUAGAUUUAACAAUACGCGAAAAAGACUGUGUACUAAACAGUAAUUUCAAAAUGAAGCUUAAUAAACUAAGCUAAAAAAGAAAUCAAUUUUUUUUUCCUAAAACUCAAAAACUAGUAUAAUUAAAAAGGUUUUAUGAUAUUUAUACACACACUAACAUACAACUGCAAACACAAACACGCACACGCAGAUAUACAUAUACACAUAGAGAUGUAUAUAUAUAUAUAUAUAUAUAUAUAUAUAUAUAUAUAUAUAUAUAUAUAGGCUAUAUAUAUUCUUUUAUCUUUAUAUUAAACAUCAAUAUUACUACAUUAUACAUUAUUAAAUUAAAUAAUUUCAAACAAUUGUUUAUAUUAUUAUUAUUAAGCAAACAC